GUGUCACUCAAGUGGCGACUGGGCGUGGUGAGGCGGAGACCCAAAGACGAUGGGCCUUACUCAAAAGCGGGGAAGGACGCAGCUGGGGCCGACGGGGCCCUGGCGUGCCGCCGUCAGAGCAUUCCUGAGGAGUUCCGGGGCAUCACCAUGGUGGAGCUGAUUAAGCGUGAGGGCAGCACUCUGGGCCUGACUAUCUCAGGAGGAACUGACAAGGACGGGAAGCCCAGAGUCUCCAACCUGAGACCUGGGGGCCUGGCUGCCAGGAGUGAUCUACUGAAUGUGGGCGACUACAUCCGCUCAGUGAACGGGAUCCAUCUGACCCGGCUCCGACAUGACGAGAUCAUCACCCUGCUGAAGAAUGUGGGCGAGCGCGUGGUGCUGGAGGUGGAGUAUGAGCUGCCCCCGCCUGCUCCCGAAAACAACCCGAGGAUCAUUUCCAAGACGGUGGAUGUCUCCCUCUACAAGGAAGGCAAUAGCUUCGGCUUUGUCCUCAGAGGAGGUGCCCACGAGGACCUGCACAAAUCCCGCCCUUUGGUUCUGACUUAUGUGCGACCUGGUGGCCCAGCAGACAGGGAGGGCUCCUUAAAGGUGGGUGACAGGCUGCUCAGCAUAGAUGGGAUCCCCCUGCAUGGGGCCAGCCAUGCUACGGCAAUAGCCACCCUACAGCAGUGCAGCCACGAGGCUCUUUUCCAGGUGGAGUACGACGUAGCCACCCCAGACACCGUGGUCAAUGCUUCAGGCCCAUUGGUGGUAGAAAUAGUCAAGACCCCAGGAUCUGCCCUGGGGAUCUCUCUCACCACUGGCUCCCACCGGAACAAGCCGGUUAUCACCAUUGACCGUAUCAAGCCAGCCAGUGUGGUGGACAGGAGUGGUGCCCUGCAUUCUGGAGACCACAUCCUGGCCAUCGAUGGCACCAGCACAGAGCACUGCUCCCUGGUCGAGGCCACCAAACUCCUGGCCAGCGUGACUGAGAAAGUACGGCUGGAGAUCUUGCCUGCACCCCAGAGUUGUCGGCCCCUGAAGCCCCCAGAGGCAGUGAGAGUACAGAGGAGCGAGCAGCUGCACCGCUGGGACCCCUGUGCCCCCUCUUGCCACAGUCCAAGGCCAAGCCACUGCAGGCCACCCACGUGGGCACCUGGAGGCCAGGACCAGAGCCGAUCCUUGUCCUCGACUCCCUUCUCCUCACCAACCAUGAACCCCGCCUUUCCCUGUGCCAACGCCAGCACCCUGCCCCGAGGACCCAUGAGCCCCAGGACAACAGCGGGGCGGAGGAGGCAGCGAAGGAAAGAACACAGGAGCUCUUUGUCACUGGCCUCCAGCACGGUGGGGCCUGGCGGGCAGAUUGUUCAUACUGAGACGACAGAAGUCGUGCUCUGUGGAGACCCCCUCAGCGGCUUCGGCCUCCAGCUCCAGGGAGGCAUCUUUGCCACCGAAACCCUGUCCUCCCCACCCUUGGUGCGCUUCAUUGAACCGGACAGCCCCGCUGAGAGGUGUGGUCUGCUGCAGGUUGGGGAUCGCGUCCUAGCCAUCAAUGGCAUUGCCACCGAGGAUGGGACUAUGGAGGAAGCCAACCAGCUGCUGCGGGACGCUGCGCUGGCCCGCAAAGUCGUUCUGGAGAUCGAGUUUGAUGUGGCAGAGUCUGUCAUCCCAAGCAGUGGGACGUUCCAUGUGAAGUUACCCAAGCGGCGUGGUGUGGAGCUGGGCAUCACCAUCAGCUCGGCCAGCAGAAAGCGAGGGGAACCCCUGAUCAUCUCUGACAUCAAGAAGGGCAGCGUGGCACACAGGACUGGCACCCUUGAGCCAGGCGACAAGCUGCUGGCCAUUGACAAUAUCCGCUUGGACCACUGUCCCAUGGAGGAUGCUGUGCAGAUCCUGCGCCAGUGUGAGGACCUGGUCAAGCUGAAGAUCCGGAAAGAUGAGGACAACUCAGAUGAGCAGGAGAGCUCUGGCGCCGUCAGCUACACGGUGGAGCUGAAGCGCUAUGGCGGACCCCUGGGCAUCACCAUCUCCGGCACAGAGGAACCCUUUGACCCUAUCAUUAUCUCUGGCCUCACCAAGCGUGGCCUGGCUGAAAGGACUGGUGCCAUCCAUGUGGGGGACCGCAUCCUGGCCAUCAACAGCGUGAGCCUCAAGGGCCGGCCCCUGAGCGAGGCCAUCCACCUUCUUCAGGUGGCAGGGGAGACUGUCACGCUGAAGAUCAAGAAGCAGCUGGACCGACCCCUUUUCCCUCGUCAGUCAGGCAGUCUCAGUGAGGCCAGUGAUGUGGAUGAGGAUCCCCCGGAGGCCCUCAAGGGAGGCUUGGUGACAACCCGCUUCUCCCCUGCUGUACCCAGUGUGGACAGUGCUGUGGAGUCCUGGGGCAGUAGCUCUGCCACAGAAGGUGGCUUUGGGGGCCCAGGCUCCUACACUCCGCAGGGGCCAGUCCGGAGUGUCACUCCCCAGGAGUGGCGUUCCGGUAGAUUGAAGAGUAGCUCCCCACCCCUUGAGCCCCGGAGGACGAGCUACACACCAGGCCCAGCUGACGAGAGCUUUCCAGAGGAAGAGGAGGGGGAAUGGGAGCCACCAAUGAGCCCAGCCCCUGGCCCCGCCCGAGAGGAGGGCUUCUGGAGAGUGUUUGGAGAGGCCCUUGAAGACCUGGAGUCCUGUGGUCAGUCGGAACUUCUAAGGGAGCUGGAGGCUUCCAUCAUGACAGGCACUGUACAGAACAUGGCUGUGCAUAGCAGGCCUGGCUCUCGGCCCUGGCGCCGGAGCCGGGAGGUCCGAACAUCCCCCGAAGACCUGCAGGAGCUGCUGUUGCCAACGCCCCUGGAGAUGCACAGGGUGACCCUGCACAGGGACCCGGUGCGGAACGACUUUGGCUUCAGUGUCUCAGAUGGCCUCCUGGAGAAAGGUGUCUAUGUCCACACUGUCCGAGUUGACGGGCCGGCCCAGCAUGGAGGCCUGCAGCCCUUUGACAGACUCCUGCAGUCAGUCCUAUAUGUGCAGCUUCCUUCGAGAACUUUCACUCACCGGGACUCUGUCCCUCGGCUGUGCACUGCGCAGGUCAACCAUGUUCGCACGCGGGACUUCGACUGCUGUCUGGCGGUUCCACUCCUGGCAGAGGCUGGGGACAUUCUGGAGCUGGUGGUUAGCCGCAACCCACUGGCACAGAGCCGCAGGACACCACGAGCACCAGGCCCCAGCAGUCCCCAGAUGCUCUGAGGUCAUUGCAUAGCUCAGCUGGAGGAGUGGCCCCUACUCAUCCACUUGUGGGUCUCAAGAUCUCAGACCCAUCAGAGUGGCAUCUUCAAGUUGGAUCUUCAAGAUGCUCAGAGAAACCCCAAGGAAAAGGGGUCGGCCCUGCUGCUCAGCCAGGAGAGAGUCAGAGAUUUCUCCAGAUCCCUUCACAGUCACCGAAGAGCUGCAACAGUAGUGGGGACAUUCCAGCUUAGUGUGGGAACUGGAAUGGGCUGCCAGUGUUUACCAUCCUGGGAGGUUGAUCAGCAGGAGGCAGACAGUCCUAGUCUGUGGCGGGAGGCAUUUGGUGAUCCAGCUAUAUAGGUGGUACCCAGUACACGGAUGGGGACCCUGCCACCAGGAAGGAUGUGGCACAUUGCGAACACUGUCUUCCUUUCUCCCAAAUCCUGGUGUUAUGAGAGCCUCCAGAAUGCAGCGACCAUGUUGGAAAACCCCAACUAGGAACAUCUAAGAUGCCAGGAAAUGCUAGCCCUUUCCUUCAGGUCAGUGGCUCAAUCAUUUCAGCUCCAUGGGUGAUUUUGAACUUUAGAGCAGAGCUGUGGCCAUCAACCCUCCUGUGCCAAAAAACUAGAGCCCCUGUCUCCCUCCAGAGAAGGGCACUGCUCGGGGUCAAACAAUCCAGGAGCAUCUACUCACCUGCUAUUCCAACAGACCUGGAAAGCCAUGGAAAUAAGGCUGAGUCACAGCUCUGCCCCCAACCCCAUCAGUGGAAGGGAGAAAGAGGAAGAGGAAAAAGAAGCUGGGGUGGAGUGUCCAAAGAGACUAUUCAGGGAGGUCCCCACUUCACAGCUUGAUGGCCAGCAUCCCUUAUCUCGGGCUUCCUCUAUCUCUACCAAGCAGAACUCUUUCAGCUUCAAGCCGGACACAAGCCACUUCCUAGUGGGCUGGGCUGGUCUCGGGAUUGGCUUUGCAUUUGCCCAGCUCAAGGUCUCAAGGACCCAGGGGCCUCCAAUCUUACCCCAUCUCCUCUCUCAGCCUUUGAAGCUCAUUGCCAGAAAGACUCCCUGUUCUAGGGGACAGAUGGAGGCCCAAGAAGCCAUUCUAUUCCGGGUUUCCUUCUUGGUUGUGACCUUGAGUGGAUCUGAACAGACACAGGGCUGUCUCUAGCUGCCCGCUGAGACUCCUCAGCUCUCUGCUUUCCCUCAGCUGAACCCACAGCCGUUCAUGGUGGCUUCCCCAGGGUCUCUCAUGUCUGAGUCCAGGCAACCCAGUGUCUCCGCUUUCACUCCCCCAGGGUAAAAAGAUACUGCCCAUGGCUCAUGGGCACCAAACAAACCAAGACCUUCAAGCUUCGAGGGUAGGUGAGUGACACAGCAGAGAGGCGACUUCUGGCCACCAGCACCUGAUACUCUCUGAUCUUGGGCUGACGGCUCAGCCUCUCUGGGCUUCUGAUACAUGGCAUGACUGACUGUACUCUAAAGGCCUCUUGGGAAAUCUGUGUUCUAUUCAGACUCCAGGCUCCAAAAAUACAAGCACUGCCCUCCCCUCCGGCUGAGCCUCUCCCAUCCUCCCAGACAUAUGCAACAAGGCCAAGUGGGUGGACCUCGUGGCCAUGGCCUGAGGCCUUCUUCAUAUGCAAUAUCCACCCCCUGGCUUCUCACAGGGGUGUUCGCCCCACACAACGUCCCUAGCCCCCUCUCCAGUGAGCAUCCUGCCUGCCUAUGCAUUUUGGGUACCUCCCCUAUGACACCCUGCCCCCACCCCCAGAGCUGUAUUUUUCUCUGGCUAAGAUUAGAACAUAUUCCUUGUAAAGUAUUUUUCUAUGCGGGUUUUCUUAGGGCUCCCAGGAAGCACCCAGCACACUCAUGGCUCCACUGGACAGGCUGUUUCUGGUCCGUCUGUGGCCCACGUAUAAAUCUCUGUCCCACCAGACAUCACAGUGACUGGGGGGAGGUGAGUGCUAAUGGGGUGAAUUUUUAAUAAAAUUGGUUAA